AAGAAGAGUGUAGAAAUAAUGGUGCCCAACCCCACACGCAUAAUGCAUUAGAUACUAAUUAACGUCAUUCUAAAGGCCUCUAUAGAUAGACCUAACUUCUAAGGUCAGGCAUUGCCAAACAAAAACUCCCCAUUUUCAUUUUACACUACAAGCAAGCAAGCACUCCGUCUUUUCCAAGUGAACUACAAACCUCCAUCAACAUUGAGAACUAGAUAGGUAUUAAGGUGCUGCAACCAUUGGAAUUAUAUUGGCUCAUCAUCAUCAUCAUUUCAUUCCCAUUUUGUUUCUUUUACUCUUUCAACAACCUACAGGGUUAACUCUCUCUCCCAACAACAUUGCAUUCAUCAAUCAGCACUAGUCAAUCAUCAUUCCCAAACACUAGAAGAAGAAGCAAUGACAAUUAGUACACCACAGUUGGUGAGAUUCCCUUUGUUGAUGGAUGAUAGUGACACUACCAAUUAUUCAGCAUGCACCAUUCCUUGGAGGCUCCCUUCUGAUGAUCCAAAAGUCCCCACUCCCACUGAGUUAUCUUGGAUUAAUCUCUUUUGCAGUGGUAUCCCCUCUUACAAGAAGCGUGCUGCGAGUGAUACUUCUGUUCCUGAUGCUGCAAAUAAAGCCGAAAUUUAUGCUCAAAGGUAUGCUAAAAUACUUGAAGAUAUGAAGGAAGAUCCUGCAAGUCAUGGAAAUCCUCUUGAUAUCCUUCUUCUAUGCAGACUUCGUGAGGAACUCCUUAAAGAACUAGGGUUCAGAGAUAUCUUCAAGAAAGUCAAGAAUGAAGAGAAUGCAAAGGCCAUCUCCCUAUUUGAGAAUGUUGUUCGUCUUAAUGAUGCCAUUGAAGAUGAAGGCAAGCGACUUGAGAAUUUAGUUAGAGGAAUUUUUGCAGGGAAUGUAUUUGAUCUUGGUUCUCCCCAGCUUGCAGAAGCUUUCUCUAGGGAUGGGGGAAUGUCGUUUUCAGCUACUUGUGAAAAUCUCCAACCUCGACCAUGGAUUAUCGAUGACCUUGACACUUUGAAAAUGAGAUGGAGCAAGAAGUCCUGGAAGAAGGUUAUCAUAUUUGUUGAUAACUCAGGUGCAGAUAUAAUUUUAGGUAUUUUGCCAUUUGCAAGGGAGCUCCUUCGGCGUGGGAAUCAGGUUAUUUUGGCUGCUAAUGACUUACCUUCUAUCAAUGAUGUAACUUACUCUGAGCUAAUUGAAAUUAUAUCACAGUUAAAGGAUGAAGAAGGACGUCUGUUAGGUGUCAGCACUUCAAAUCUUUUGAUUGCCAACUCUGGAAGUGAUUUACCUGCUAUUGAUCUUACAAAGGUGUCACAAGAGCUUGCUUGCCUUGCCACUGAUGUAGAUCUUGUCAUUUUAGAAGGAAUGGGUCGCGGAAUAGAAACAAAUCUUUAUGCUCAAUUUAGAUGUGAUUCUAUGAAGAUUGCAAUGGUGAAAAAUACUGGGGUUGCAAAAUUUCUCAAGUCACGGAUGUAUGACUGUGUAAUCAAAUAUGAUGCAGUUUAGAGUUUAUAGUUAAUAUUAUUGUUUUUGAAAUUCCUUCGUUUUUGCGAUCUUGCUGUCUAUUGGAUUCUACAAAAUCAAUUGUGUAUAAUCUUUUGAUUU